AGCUCCCAACUAUUUUAGCUUCAGCUCUGCUCCACUCCCAUUUCUAGAAACUUCCAGCUGACAAAUCCGGUUUAAUUUCUCAGUCCUCGCCAUUUGUGGAUACUACAACAAGGGUGAGGAGAGGUUAUCAUUCAGAGAGAUGAAGACAAAGGACUGUCCAAAUUCCAUUUACAGCCUACCCAAGAAAAAGCUUCAAGACUUGUGCAAGAAGUACGGUUUGUCUCCUUAUAAGACAAAACCCAAUCUCGUGAAUUCUUUGAUCAAUUACUUCAAGAUAGCAGAUGUAGAAACUUCCGAAGGCAAUUGGUACAACCUUCAAGAUUCUUCUGGCCUAUGUGAUGAGAAGGGUUUCAAUCAAAGAGUUCGCAGUCCACCAAUAAGUUUCUCCAAGAAUGCAUUUACUUCUGACAUAAAGUCCAAGCAUGUGCCUUCAUUUGAGUUUUCUGUCUCAUCGGAAGAUGGAAUCAACCUUUCAGUUGACUUGAAUUCAUGCCCAUCAGACCGUUUUAGAAGAUUGGAGAAGGAGGAGUGUGUAUGUAACACUAUGCAGAAUAAAAAAUUUCAAAGUUUCCGUCAGGAGAUUCAAUACCUAAAUAAUAGACAAAUGACAAGUUCAUUUCUCUGGGAAACAGAUUCAGACCGCAAAACUAACAGUGGCCAUGCACAAACUGUUUCGUCCCCAAGUUUGUGUGGCACUGUUGAUGUUGUAUGUCAUACAGAAAAUAGAGAUGAUGCGGCUUUGGGAUUUUCAAUAACAAAAAAAUCAUAUGAUGUAAGUUGUCUCAAUUCUGAAAGGCAGAGGACUAGUUCUCCGGAGAAGCUUACGGUGCUAGCUCAUCUCUCUUCGGAAACUGAUUUUUCUGAGAUAGAGGCAUCAGAAAUUGGCUAUCAUCAUCAACAUGUAUCAUAUUCUUCUUCUGAAAAAGAUUACCUUAGAAAUUUGGUUGAUGCAGCAGAGAGCCUAAGAAGUCAACUACCAAAUUCUUGUGAGGAUAGCUGUAGAAUCGACACGCCUUCAUCUGCUGAUGGAGGGGCAAGGGACAGCCAUGCCAAUGGAAUAGUAGCUUCAAAAGAGCUUUUGAAGAAGCAUUCAUCGCAUGGAGGCAAGAAGAGAAAGAGGGAUGAUUUUAAAUUUGAUAAUGUUCAUCAUUAUAAUGAUACGAGAAUUUUGAGAAGUGCAAAGCGUCUACAAAGUCAUCCCAGAAGAUCUAUGCGGCUUGUCUAUAAGUGACGGGUGGUGUGGACUGCCUAAGCGUUAGAGAUCUGCCUAUGCAAUAUUAUACUCUCAGUGCUGGUGUACAACAUACAUGUCUCUGUGGUUCUUCUAUUCUGUAUUCAAGAGAAGAUCAAUUAAUUGAGGCAAUAAUUUUUGGAUGGAGCUGAUACUACUGCUGUGCAAUGGACAUGGUUAAUGUCCUUAUUGUUGAACAAUCCAAAUGUUAUGAGACGUGCCCAAGAGGAAAUAGAUAUAGAAGUUGUUAAAGAGAAGUGGAUAGAAGAGUCUGAUGUUCAAGAUUUAGCCUAUUUACAAGCUAUAAUUAAAGAAGCAUUGCGUUUAUAUCCACCUGCACCUUUGUUAGUACCGCAUGAAACAGUAAAAGAUUGUAAAAUACUUGGUUAUGAUGUUCUAAAAGACACUCGUUUGUUUGUAAAUGCAUGGAAGAUACAACGAGAUCUUAGGAUUUGAUCCGACCCUGAAAAAUUCGUGCCGGAAAGAUUUUUGACCGAUGAUCAAGAAAAGAUCGAGACAAGAGGGGUUGCU